AUGGCACAUUCCGACAGCGCGGAAAUACUCAUGGAGCCAUCGAAGCUCGUACUUGGCAAGGUCAUAGCUGACUUGCUCGAGAUUGAUGCCGAAUCCCUGGACUGGAAUACCUCGUUUAUAUUGCUGGGUGGUGACUCCAUCCUAGCAAUUGACUUUAUUGUCAGAUGUCGCGACGAAGGCAUCGUUGUAGAUAUGAAGGAGCUCUUGGAGGCGGAAAGCUUGGCAGCACUCGCUGAGCAGAUAGACCGCCGCAACAUUGGAGCUGCCAACGGAGUCAAUGGACACACAAAUGGAGUCAACGGAAACGGAAACGGAGUCCAUGGACAUGCAAAUGGAUUAAACGGACAUGGAAAGCCCGCAGUUUUGAACGGCCGGAAUGAUUGGAACGCAAGUGGUACGGCGGUUGUUGGUCGUCGAUUGCGCUUUGCGUCCAUGGAAAUUGCACAAGGCGAAGUCGCGCCCAUCUUGAGCACAUUGGAGCGCAUUGUCGCCCGACACUCAGCUUUGCGUUCCAAAUGGUCCGUCUCAUCACUCGGUCACUGGAAGCUCACAUCCAGCGCCCCGUCAACAACAAUGGGGCAUCGCCAAUUUUAUUUCGCAGAGAGCUUGGGAGCGGAAAAUAUGAACGAUGCAUAUGAAGCACUGACGAGGGCUUUGGCAUCUGUUGAAGCGCCGCCAUUUGGAUGUUUGGCCAUGGCCAACCAUGCAAUCAAGGGUACUCGUACCAUGGUCCUAGCUGCAGAUGCUAAUCUCGUCGAUUCGCUCUCUAUGCGCCUUGUGCUGCGCGAGUUGGAAGUAUGCGCCAAAGGGUCGCACGUUGAACCCAGCUUCGACUUCCAAUUCAGCGAUUGGGUAGCUCAAGGAUGCUACGGUCGCUCAGUAGGUCCUCGGCAUCGUCGGACUUCUCCAAGGUCACUGAAGUAUCCGCUGGAAGAAGCCAAUGUGACGAGGUCUAAGUCGACGGACGAUACGGGUAUGUCGGGAUUGGAUGGACAUGCUGAAGGCUUCCUCACUUUCACGCUUUCUCAUUCGACAACCGAGAAGCUUUUGGCAUCGCAAACGCACGCUUCCCUGAGGACAAGUCCGGUCGACAUUGUGAAUGCAGCUCUCUCUCGCGCCCUCUGGUCACACUCUCAGGAUCCGGAGGCGGUCCUUCGUAUCCAGUCUGCGUACAGCAUUCGCGAGGAGCAGAGCAUCCCCUUGGAAAGCAUAGGCUGUUACGAGGUUGAGGUUGGAUUUGAAGCACUCGCACCGGAACCUCAGGAGAGAUUGAUCCACGCAGUUCGGCGCACACGUGAUGCUCGCGCAGGGCACUCCUGCCGCGACGUCUUGGAGCGAUGCGCCGGGUCCACCGCGGCAAUCUACGUCGACUGCACGCGCCUCGAGAAAAGCCAGCAAGACUUGUCAUGCCGCGAUUGGCGCUUCUCGGAUCCCAUUCUCGGCCAUGGUGCGCGUGUGGUUGUCGAAAUGGUAGCCGACCAGGCACGUGUUUCCGUAGACCUCGAGGGUACGAGUCUUGAUGCUGAGCGCGUUGCCAACGAGUUGGAAAGCUGCCUCGAGCAAAUGGCGAAUGCGCUCAUCAACGCUCCGCCAACGGCGACGCUGGCCGACUUUCCCCUCGUGCAGUGGCCCUACUCGGCGCUGGACGAGCUCGCGGCAGAGCUGCAGACGCACAGCAUGAGCAUCGACGACGUCGAGUCCAUCGCCCCUUGUUCGGCGGUGCAGGAGAGCUUCUUUGUCAGCCAAGCCAUGAACUCUGCGUCCUACGUCAGCCAUGUCUCCAUCACGCUGCAGUCUGCCGCCGCCCAGACGGCCGGCGGGCCCGCAGUCGAGCGCAUUAUCGAGGCGUGGAAAGAAACCGUCAAGCGGCAUGCGAUGCUGCGCACGACGUUUGUCGAGAGCAAGGACCGGCUGGGCAAAAGCGACCAGGUGGUUCUCGAGCCCUUGGCGAUGCCGCCCUGCGUCGAGGUGCGGCCCGCUCCCGCCAGCGGCCGCCCCGCGGUACGCCCACGCCCACGCCCAUUCCAAGCCCCGCUCCGCCUCUGCAUCUCCGAAGUCAGCGCGGCGGAGCUUCGACUCGAGCUCGAGAUAUCGCAUGCCCUCGUCGAUGGCCACUCUGCACGUAUCCUGCUGCACGACUUCCGUGCUAGCUAUGUGCGCACAGCCCACUUCUCCGCGCAGCCGCCGCUUCCCUACGCUGUUUUCGCAUCCCGCCAGCAGCGCGUCGCGGGCAGCGAAGAGGCAUCUGCCGGCGCCGCCUACUGGACAGGGUACCUCAACGCCGCCACCGAGUCGCGUCUGCCUGUCCUCACCAGCAAUCCCCACCUCUGCCAGCUCGAGACGGCCAGUUGUUCCUUGCCACUACCCGAAGGACAGCUGCGCGCCGUGUGUGGACGAUUCGCCAUCACUCCGGCGAACCUGUUCCACAUUGCCUGGGCGCUGGCCAUCCGCCGCCUCACGCUUUCCGACUCCGUCACCUUCUCGUACAUUGUCUCUGGGCGUGACAGCCAUGUCGAGGGCGCCGAGGCGAUUGUGGGUCCUCUGCUCAACACGCUGCCUUGCGCCCUGACAUUGACGCCCGAGACGAGCGUCGCCGAUGCGCUGUCGUUGGCCAAACGAGACUGGCAAAAUGGCUUGCAGUUUCAAAAUACACCCAUAGCCUACCUGCCCACGGCAAAGACUCAGUCGCUGAAGCUCCUCGGAAAUACGCUGCUCUCCAUUGAGCGAGAAGCAACAAACAGCCAUGUCUUGGCCAAGGGAAUCUCCAUGACCAUAAACGAGAGGACAAGCGCAACAGAUGUAAGAGACAUGUUCCUUGCUUAUUCGGUACUUCACUUACAAAACAACAGUUUGACCUAUCAGCCAAUUUGA